UGAAUGAGUAUUUGAAUGAAUCUUUUUCUUGAUGAAAUUACACAAAAUUUCUUCAUAUAAGUAAAUUAUGUUUAACUAUUUCGAAAAUUAAGAUGUUUUCAAAAUAAGAAUGUUUUUUUCUACGUGUACAAUGGCUGUAAUGCGCAUUUGUUCAUCCAACACUGAAUUCAUUAGAAUUGAAAUUUUUAGACAUUUAACGUUUUUCUGAAGUAAUAUCAAUGUACGUGCGAUUGUGGGAGAUUUUGCAAACUGUCGUAAUUGCUCAAAGUCAACAUGAGUUUUUGCGCAGUAUCGAGUGUAUAAUUGCUUUUUCAAGUUUACACACAUCGUUUUGUUUGAUCUAUUUAUCUCGAUAACGAGCGGAGUUACUCAGCCACGAAGCUGCGGUGAUGAUUGUAACACACAAACAAGAUUUGAUUUAGUGCUCUCGCUGCGCUAACUUCUUAAGCGGCUGUCAUCGUGGAGAUCGCGUAUUUUGACUAUGUGUGUUGAGGAGUUAAUAGUGUAAUAUUAAAUUUGUAAUUUGUAUAAAAUUAUGUAAUAGCUUUGUAGCGCGCGCUUGUUUUGUCUAGUGUUUAUUUAACAAAUCGAAAUAGGAAACAAUAUAUCAAUCCAAAUUGGAUUGGCAUUGUUUCGUUAAUCAUUUUACGAGUUUUGUACUUCCGAUGAGCUAGAUCCAUGUAUUGCUGAUAGAUAUUUAUAUGCCAUUUGAAAUUAAAAGCUUGAAGCAGAAUUCAGCUUGGAAGAACAAAGGGAGACAAACCAGCGACAAUGAAGCUACCAAUCUCGCUUGAUUUGCCAAAGGAAGAAUUGGAGGAAUUGAUUGACAAAGCAAAAGAUUGGGCGCUCAUGAACGGGAUGUGCUUGAGAUCGAAAAAAAACUUUGACAGAGAUGUCUUGCAAUUUGCACCGUUCACACUUUUUCCUUCACCAUUUCCUCGAGAGGAGUUUCGUAACGCCUGUGACAUACAGAUCAUUUUGAAUGUGCUCAUACAUAGAGUAGCUCACGAUUACGAUUUCUUGAAGGAUACCUUGCAAGAGACAGUAAAGGUGGACGAUUUUACUAGAAACUUGUUCAAUAUCUAUGAAAUUGUUCACAAGGCGGGGGCUACGCAGAAAGUAUCUCUCGGCUUGUUACGCUCGGAUCUAAUGUUAGAAACGAGUUGCCCCAAGAGAGACAUUAAAACGCUUAAGUCUCAUUGUUGCUGGAAGCAAGUCGAGAUAAACACAAUCGCCUCUGGAUUCGGCUGGCUAGGACCUGCGUCUACGCAGUUACACAAGUUUGUCCUGCGAGAACUCGGCUACGCGGCCGAGCUGGAGAAUCUUCCUGAAAACAAUGCUCUACAAACGCUAUGUUCGGGUUUGAUACAAGCAUGGCAUUUGUACGGAGAUUCACAAGCAGUCAUUUUGUUCGUUAUCGAAGAUGUUACAUAUAACAUUUGUGAUCAACGUUUUCACGAGUACGAAAUACGCAAGCAGAAUCCAAAUAUAAAAGUAAUUCGAAGAAAUCUGACGCAAUUAGCGACUACCGCGAGACUGGGUUCCGGUAUGGAGCUAGUGAUUAAUAAUUACGUCGUGGCGGUAGUUUACUAUAGAUGCGGUUACGAGCCCGGUCAGUAUUACACCCAAAAAGAAUGGGAUGCGAGAUUGUUGAUAGAGAGGUCGUUGGCGAUCAAAUGUCCGAGCAUUCAAUAUCACUUGGCUGGUACAAAGAAAGUUCAACAAACUCUCGCAAAGCCUGGCAUGGUGGCACGUUUUUUAAAAGAUGAGAAAGCGGCAGCAAAAGUCAAGGAAGUAUUCACUGGCCUUUAUCCAUUAGACUUUGACGAAUAUGGGAACGCCGCCAUAGAGAUGGGUAUUUCGGAUCCUCAACGCUUUGUAUUAAAGCCGCAAAGAGAAGGUGGUUGUAACAACUUAUAUGGGACAGCCAUCAAAGAUUUUUUGGAAUCUGUGAAAUCCGAACAGAAUCGAGUAGCCUGGAUUCUUAUGGAUCGGAUUAAUCCACCAGUGCACAGAAAUUAUGUUGUGAAAUAUGGAAAUACGAAUUUAGAGACGAAAGAGUUGGUUUCGGAGUUAGGCAUAUUUGGCGUUAUCAUUGGAGAUGAGAAGACUAUUAUGGUGAACAAACAAGCUGGCCACAUGUUAAGAACAAAAUUAUCCACCGACAAUGAAGGCGGUGUGGCGACUGGACUAGCCUUACCUGAUGUCAUACAUGCGGUGGCCAAGUAUGAAGUAGGACACGAACCACGAGAGAUCUUUUUCUUCCGAGAAGGUAGCAUUGUCAUGUGGAAUAUUUCCGAUCUCGAAUGCGGCAACUUGUUACAAUUUUUGAGACGUUACGAACUAAAUCGUUACAUGGAAGAGCUGGUUCAUACCGAAAGCGAGUUAAUGAAUUAUACUUAUGCGGAUUCCGGGAAAAAGAGCCAUUUAAAAGAUGGUGAUAUUAUCCUGGUGCAGGAAGCUAGUAAUUUGGAUAAGUAUACGUUUUCCAAUGCCAUGGCACAGUCCGUCAAGCUAGGCAUAUGGGAGGCGUCGUUAAAUCGCUAUGUCGAUUCAAUUGAGUUCGUCACGGAGGACCUAAAAGCUGGCAAGAAGAUUCUGAUGACGCAACACCAAGUAUUGAGGAAACAGGGCGAAUUGUUCGCUCUUAGACAUCGAAUUAAUCUAAGGUCGGAUCUGUUAGAUACACCCGAUUUCUAUUGGGAACGAGACGAUUUAGAAAACUUGUAUCAACGAAUCUGCAGUUAUUUUAACAUCGCAAAACGCACGAAAGUGAUGAAUGAGAGAUUAAAUCAUUGCCUGGAGCUGGUGAGCAUUUUAUCAUCGCAUUUGAGUGAUCGUCAUCAUGUUCGUUUAGAGUGGAUGAUUAUCAUACUUAUUAUGGUAGAAGUUGCUUUCGAGGUUUUGCAUUACAUCGAUCGAUAUCUUGUCAAAUAACGGUCUAGUAAUAAUAAGUAAUACGUUUUAUUUUUAUUAUAUAUAAAUUUAUAUUUAUAUUCUAUUGUAUACAAAAACCAGAUGAUAUAGAUGUACUAUUGUAUAUAUAUUUUUUAAGAGGAUUCUAAAUAUUGAUUGUAUUACAGAAUAAAUUAAUUUUCGAAUUGGUUUACGAACAGA